AUACGGAGGAUGUAUCGGAGUUAACACUCCGGAAAGGGGGUGGGAAAGAACACCCGUUGCCAAGAACAGGACCAUGGGAAAAAAAACAAGAUAAAUGCUUGACUGGGUGUUUUGGUUAGAUGUGGUCUGUCCGAGUGUGCUCCGAAUUGCACUCGGAUGGCACUCGGAUGUCACUGAUCAGAAAAUGAUGAUAUGCCGUGCGUAUAGCAGAUCGAGCAAUGUCGGCCAAAGAUCGAGCGGUGGCCACACCUUCCCUGUUUUCUCUCUUUUUUUUUUUUUUUUUUUUUUUUUUUCUACCUUGAUCUCCCGAUCUCCUUAUUUCUCCUCUUCGGCUAGAGAUGUUCCAGGUUCAGACAGAUUGAACAUUUAUCGAUCGGUAUUAUUGCCGGAGAAUACUCGGGUUAAAAAAAGAAAGUGUCGCACAGGUCAGUUCGUGCGGCCGCUCCGAUUGAUCUCCAGGGUAUAAUCAUACCACAUACCCGUGAUACCUGCGAUCGAGAAGAACUGAUAGCACUUCUCAGCUGUCCUUGUUCCCAUGAUGGUUCUAUUCUGACUCGUGAGAACCUUGGUAACAGCAGGCCAUCAUUACACCAACCUGGUGGAGCGUGUAUAACUCAAACACACCAUCCGCCAAACAGAUAUGGUAAUAUAUUUACCC